AUGGCUGUCUCCACGGUGUCCCCUUCCAUCUCCCCCAUCCCUGCCAACUACAAACACGCUCUCCGGGAUCCUAACUGGUACAAUGCCAUGCUUGAGGAAUAUAAUGCUUUGGUGCAAAACAAAACAUGGUCUUUGGUUUCUUGUCCCGCAGGUGUCCACUUGGUGUCGGGGAAAUGGAUCUUUCGUCACAAGCUACAUCCGGACGGCUCCCUCGCUCGGUACAAGGCUCGUUGGGUCUUGCGUGGUUUCACCCAGCAACCAGGGGUGGACUACGGCGAGACUUUCAGCCCGGUGGCCAAGCCGGCCACCAUCCGCGUCAUCCUGAGCGUGGCCGUCAGCAACAACUGA